CACAAACACACAUCUGAAGUGAAGCUAAGACACACCACAACAUCAAAUAUAAAAAAAACAAACGAGUUUUGAUGAUGCGUAAACGUGAUAAAGGGUGAUGGGGGCGAGGUCAGUCUACUGCGACUGUGACAGACUGUACAGCCUGUAUGUAAAGCAGAUGGGGGUCCUGCAUGUGUGUGUGUGUGUGUGUGUGUGUGUUGUGGGUUUAAUUGCAGAAGUGACUGAAGAAAGCUACAGUAAAUACCUUAACCCAUGGGCCUGAAACAUUCCCACCCCAAGUUGUUCCCGGGGGACAUCGUGGAGUAUCCCAGGAACAAAUACUUCUCUCAGUUCGCGGUGUACUACGGAGACAGGGACGGGGUUCCCUACGUUGCUCACCUGACAUGUCGAGAUUCAGACUCCAAGCUGCUGCUCUUUGGCCGAGCCAUGAAGUCAGAGGUCAAACUGGAUCCACUGGAGCUGCUGGGGAAAAAAUACAAGGUCAACAACAUGUUGGACGAAUCGUUCCCGGCCAGAGACUUCCACGGCGUGGUGAAGCCGGCCAUCGAGGACAUGAUGGGGCGCGAGGUGACGUUCGAUAUCCUGUUUCAUAACAGCGAGCACCAGGCGACGCUCUUCAGAUACGGAGUCAAGAAAUCUGAACAGAUAGAGAGGAUUUAUGAAUACAUCAUGCCAGCCUGGAAGAAGCUGUUUGAGGAGAAAAAACUGUGAAAACUCCUGCUGUUCAGUUCUCAUCUCAACCACUGGAGGGCGACACUGUUCUCCUGAUUUCAAGACGAAGGUUACAUGAUAUAGUCGUCAUUUUUAAGAGAAAAAUAAAUGUUUUUUAUAAUAUAAGAAAAAAAAAAGUCAGAAAAGAGUUUGCAUAUAUGUAGGAAAAAAUGUUUGCAUUGUUUGGAUUAGCCUACGUGGCUUUUGUACUUGUGUUUGUUAAUGAAAAAUUUUGUUUACAGAAAAAAACUUCCAUCGCUAAACUGGAAUUAAUACAAGAGAGUGUUAGCUCUGCUGUU